UGCCAUUCGUCUAUAAAAUGGUGAAGCCAGUUGCUAUUGUUACCAUAAGAGCCAGCUCCGACUUUCUUUAAUUUCUUGCUUCAUAUCCACUAGCUACAUCUGUUGCCAAGUUAAUUUCAGUCCCAAUGGAGUUUCAUCUCCCACUCAUCUUUGCUCUUCUCAGUCUAGCAGCGGUGGCACUGGCAAACCAUGCUGCCCAACCAGCACCUCAACUUUACUGGAACUCCGUCCUGCCAAACACACAGAUGCCGAGAGCUAUCAGUGAACUUCUUCAUCCUGACUCCACAAAUGAAGAAAAGAGCACAAAUACCAUGAAUGCUGUUGGGAAUGGAAAGCCAACUGACCACAAGGGCAAACCUGAAAUUAUCCCAUUGAGACUGCAAAAAUACGGGAAACAUUAUGGUUCUUCCGCUGACAAUCCACUACAUUAUAAAAACGUAACUAUUUACUUUUUCAUGAAGGACAUGCGCCCUGGCGCAACAAUGAACUUCCAAUUCCCUAGAAAUUCAAACACGGCUACUUUCCUGCCACGCGAAAGUGCUCAAUCGAUCCCCUUCUCCUCUAACAAACUAUCAGAAAUUUUCAACCAUUUUUCAAUGAAGCCAACAUCUGUGGAAGCCAAAACAAUUAAGGAAACAAUCGAAGAGUGUGAAGCUCCAGGCAUUAAGGGAGAGGAACAAUAUUGCCCCACAUCUUUAGAAUCCAUGGUUGAUUUUAGCAUUUCGAAGCUUAGAACAAGAAACGUUCAAGCAAUCUCGACGGAGGUAUUGGAAAAAGGAGCCACCAUGUCCAUGCACAAGUAUACAAUAAUGCCUGGACUGAAGAAGCUGGCAGGUGACAAAGUCGUCGUGUGUCAUAAGCAGAACUAUCCCUAUGCUGUGUUUUACUGCCAUGCAAUAAAACCAACGGCAGCUUAUGUUCUCUCCCUGAAAGGCGAUGAUGGGGUGAAGGUUAAAUUAGUAGCCGUCUGCCAUCUAGACACAUCAGAAUGGAACCCAAACCAUUUGUCCUUCCAAAUCCUCAAAGUUAAGCCCGGAACCAUUCCCAUCUGCCAUUUCCUUCCCACUGAUCAUAUUGUCUGGGUUCCGAACCACAAAUCUGCAUGAUCAUCACUUAGCACUGUACGUAUAAUAAGCUUGGUCGGGUUGCACCCCUGUAUAAUUAUCUCCCUACUUAUUUCUGCCUCUUCAUGUGGUGUAAGAUAUAUGAUGAGAUGAAGUUUUUGGGAUUAGUGGUCGGGUUGCCUAAAAAACACAGAUUACAGAAACUGCUUGAAAUUAACUCGAUCAUGUUUUCUCUGGUAACUAUAUAGACUUCAACUUUUACUCAUAAA